AUGGAAGGCCAAAAGCUUCGUGUUCUCAUCGUUGGAGCCGGUAUAGGCGGUCUCACCGCCGCGUUGGCAUUGAGCCGCGAAGGCCACGAAGUCUUGGUGUUCGAGAAGUCAAAGUUCGCCGCGGAAAUCGGUGCAGCCAUUGGGCUAGCAGCAAACUGUACCUCUAUCCUGCGAAAGAUUGGUUUCGAGCCGGAGGAACACGGGUCCAGCAUCUGCAACCUGGUUUGUACUUUGGUCAACUUUGGUCAUAUCCUGCAGAAGACGUUGCUAAAUGGGUAUAAACAGUGGACUAUGUACAAUUCGGCUGGCAAGUGCCUCGUCAAGCAGGAAAUUCCGUCCAAACUCCAAUCGGAGAGGUUUUACUUCAUCCACCGAGCGCAUCUCCACUCAGCCCUUAAGCACCAAGUCCUGCAACAAGGAGAUACCGGCAGCGAGCUGGUUCAGCUACACCUCAGUUGUGACAUUACAUCUCUAGAUAUCCAGAACGGCCAGCUGACGCUGUCCGACGGACGGAAGUAUCAUGGCGACGCGAUUAUCGGCGCUGAUGGUGUCCACGUAAGAACUCUGUGUACCAAAAGUGGCGUCGCGACUAAUGAAAGGCAGUCAUUCACCCGGCAGUACAUCGAUGCUCACAAGAAGGUAUUCCCUUUUCGAAAGCAUUGCUACCGUUGGCUAUCUCCGAGGAGCACCAUGGCCGAUGACAACCGAACAUCGGAGUAUGCCAAACUCGGUAUUUCCUUGACGGAAUGGAUGGGAAAUGAUCGCCGUAUCAUCUGCUAUCCUUGUGCCGAUGGCGAGAUGUUGAACCUGGUCGCCAUUGUACCGAGCGAAGAGGUGGAGGCGGCUGCCAUUGAAGCGGAAUCUCCUCAGCACAAGAAGAAGGGGAUGCUGAAGUCGUUUGAGACUUUCGGUGACGGAGCCAAAGCUGUUCUGGAACAGGCCCCCGAGGAAGAUCUGAAGGUGUGGCCUUUGUUGGACAUGGAACCCCUUGAGAAAUGGUCUGAAGGUCGCCUCGCCCUCAUAGGCGAUGCUUGCCACCCCUUCACACCGUUUAUGGGUCAGGGCGCUGCAAUGGCAAUUGAAGAUGCUGUCACCCUCGCUAUUCUGCUACGGCGGGGCACUCUGGCAGAAGAGGUCCCAGAGCGGCUCAAGUUGCUGCAGGUCUGUCGCAAAGAAAGAGCUGACCGCAUUCAAGAUUACGCUCGUAGAAAUGGACAAGAUGCAGGCGACUCGCAAAGAGGCCAGCCCACUCCCAAUGAGUUUCGAGGAUGGACUGCUUAUGCCAAUCAACAUAAUGCGUGGGAGCACGCGGAACGGGUACUCCAACGAAGCCUGUCAGCUUGA